AUGCCGCUGAUCUACGGCGAGGGGCCCAAGGCCUUCCUGCGCCUGCAGGAGGAGAUUUUCCGGCUGUUCGACAACCAGACCGUCUUCUGCUGGGCCUGGGACCCGGACGAGGUCUCGAUGGUGGUCAGGGAAACAGAUUGUUUCUAUGACUGCAUUGUUACGCCCAGAACGUGUCAAAAUGAGGAAUAA